CGCAGCCGGGGAAAAGCCUUUACUCAGAAAAUCACAGGAUACCACAAAUUGUAAAAGAUGGUGCAAUACAACUUUAAGAAGAUUAGAGUGGUUCCCAGUGGCAAGGAAUUCAAUAACAUUACACUAUCCUGCACCCAGCGCCAGACACCAACCAUUAUACAUAAGGGUUAUGCUAUCAACCGUAUACGCCAGUUUUACAUGCGCAAGGUGAAAUAUACGCAAACAAACUUUCAUGAGAAGCUCUCAAGCAUCGUUGAUGACUUUCCGCGGCUGGAUGACAUCCAUCCUUUUUAUGGAGAUCUCCUUCAUGUCCUGUACAACAAAGACCACUAUAAGCUUGCCCUUGGACAGAUUAAUUCUGCAAGGAGACUCAUCAGUAAGAUUGCCAAGGACUAUGUGAAGCUGUUAAAAUACGGGGAUUCACUUAACAGAUGCAAAUCUUUAAAAGUAGCUGCACUUGGUCAGAUGUGUACUGUGGUAAAGCGUAUUGUCCCAAGUUUAGCUUACUUGGAGCAGAUUAGACAACACAUGGCAAGGCUCCCAUCAAUUGAUCCAAAUACCAGAACUAUCUUGAUUUGUGGUUAUCCUAAUGUUGGCAAAAGCUCUUUUGUUAACAAAAUCACCAGGGCGAAUGUGGAUGUUCAGCCAUAUGCAUUCACCACAAAAUCCCUCUUUGUUGAACAUACUGAUUGUAAGUGCUUAAGGUACCAAGUGAUUGAUACCCCAGGAGUUUUGGACCGUCCUUUUGAAGAUCGUAACAUUAUAGAGAUGUGUAGUAUCACAGCUCUUGCUCAUCUGCAAGCAUCAGUGUUGUUUUUCGUGGAUAUCUCUGGCUCAUGUGGGUACAGCAUUGCCCAACAGGCAACACUCUUUCACAGUAUCAAAUCAUUGUUUGUGAACAAGCCGCUGACUAUAGUUUGCAAUAAGACUGAUUUCCAGCCGCUGGAUGGUCUCUCAGAGGAAGAUAUGAAGUUGGUGAGGGAGAUGAAAGAUGAAGCUGCAAAGACCAUGGUAGGCGAAGGAGGUGAACCAAGUGACGAUGCUAAUGUUCUCUUAACUAUGAGCACAUUGACUGAGGAUGGGGUGAUUUCUGUAAAGAAUGCAGCUUGCGAAAAAUUAUUGAACCAGAGGGUGGAACUAAAAAUGAACUCGAAGAAAAUAACUGACUGCUUGAAUAGGUUUCAUGUAGGAAUUCCUAAGCCAAGAGACCAAAAGGAAAGACCACACUGUGUACCCCAGUCAGUUUUAGAGUUCAAAGCUAAAGAAGCAGCUGAAUUUGAAGAGAAGAAGCUUGAAAGAGAUUUGGAGAAUGAGAAUGGUGGGGCUGGUGUUUACACAUCUAACUUGAAGAAACACUAUAUCUUAGAACAUGCUGAAUGGAAAGAGGAUAUAAUGCCAGAGAUUCUCGAUGGACAUAACGUCCAUGAUUUUGUUGACGUUGAUAUCUCACAGAGGCUUGAAGAGUUGGAACAAGAAGAGGGGCUUCAACUAGAAAAUGAAGAGAUUGUUCAAGAUUUUGAGAUGGAUGAUGGUAAAGAAUUGACACCAGAAGAACAAGGAUCCUUGGCUGAGAUCAGAAAUAAUCCUAUUGUACCAGCAUUGGAACUCAAUCCUUCUCUAGCCAUCAAACGGGAUGCCAGCAGGUCUCUAUCUAGGGGCCAAAAGAGGGACAGGUCAAGAGGACUAGAUGAUGCUAUGGAUAUUGGUAACCAUGCUGACAAAAAACUGUGUUUAAGGGGUCUAUCUCGGCCAAGAUCACGGUCAAAUUCAAAACCACCUGGUGAAGUUAUACCCGGUGAGGGCUUCAAGAACAGGGCCCAAAAGGUCAAGGCUUUGAAACUGGCUAGGAACUCGAACAAGAAGAGGAACAAGCAGUCUCGUGUUGGAGAGGCAGAUAGGGUCAUUGCUAAUCUUAAACCCAAGCAUCUAUUCUCUGGGAAGCGCUCCAGUGGGAAAGCCAACAGACGCUGAGACAACAAUUAAGGAUUUCAAUGACGGGGUUAAGCCGACCGCAAAUAGCUUCUCCUUUUCUUACAUAUAGGGC